UAGAUUACUGGAAACUGGGCUACAAUUCAAACAAGAAAACAGACAUUCUGCCAUGGAAGGACUUGAUUAUCUUGAAAAAAUGCGAAUGGCUUGUUUCUUGAGCUCCACUAAACAAUUCCAAUCUCUCAGUGCCGGACAGGAACACAAGAACAAUAAUCCAACAAACCCUGCAAUUUCUUAUGCUACCUAUACCACUUUCUCCUCGAAAAAACCAAACCAUAUAUCGGCUCUUAGCGAACAAUUGCCCGUAUCAAACAACAGUGAUAGUGAUUGUGACAGUGACGAUUCAAGCUCACUCCCAUUCACAGACUCGCCAUUGAGCUCUGAAGAAAGUGACAGUGAAACCAUCUUAUCUGAUAAUGGUCCGGCUAUUACCCAAAGUCCCUGUGUCAAUGGAAAAGUUUCUGAACCUAAGACUAAGAAGCCUUUCCCCAGAGCUGCUUUUAGAAUUGCCAGGGUUGGUAAGAUAUUUAGAGCCAAAUCUGAAAAUAAUUCGGGUUAGUUAUACUCCUAGUAUAUUAAUGGACCAAAAAAAAAUAAUGAUAAUAAUGAUAAUAAUAAUAAUUUAAUGUAAAUCCUUUGAAAGAAAAAUAAAAAUAUGUCUAUGUUUGUGUUU